UGAUAAGAAUCAAGUCACAUUACCAUGCAAGAUUCCCAGAUUAUCAAUAAUUUUCCGACGACGGCGGACGGGGUAACACAUGGUAUCGCGACCUACACAUCCCCUUCAUUCCGUACAACAAUACCCAUUAUAUAGACGCAUAACCCGCAGAUAGUUCCCAAAGACACAAACGGUAAUCACUGCACAUCAUCAUCUUUAUCCCAUCACCAACACGAUUCUACCUCUCUAUCCCCCACCAUGGAGAAAUACGCAACAUACCCCAGCCUGCGGGGCAAAACCGUCCUAAUCACCGGCGGGGCCGAAGGCAUCGGCGCAGCAUCGGUCGAGCUCUUCUGCCGCCAGGGCUCGAACGUCGUGUUCCUAGACUACUCCACGACCUCCGCGCAGGCGCUCCUCGCCAAAAUCCAAUCCAUCCCCGGCGCCGCGCAGCCGUCCUUCAUGCACUGCGACGUAACAGACCUAGCACGUCUCAAAGAAUGCGCAGCCCAAACCAUCGCAAAGCACGGCGGCGUAGACGUACUCCUCAACAACGCGGCGCGCGCCGGCGCCGCCUCUCGGGUCGCCACCGCGGACGUCACGCCCGAGAGCUGGGAAGACGACAUCAAUAUCGGGAUCCGGCACCAGUUCUUCCUAACGCAAGCCGUGCUUCCCUCGAUGCGCGAGCGUGGGGCCGGCGGCAGCGUGAUUAACAUGGGGUCCAUCACGUGGCGGAUCCCGACGGCGGGGCUGCCGGUGUACGCGCUGUGCAAGGCGGCGGUGGUGGGCAUGACGCGCACGCACGCGAAGGAGUUCGGGGGGUACGGCGUGCGGGUGAAUAGCGUUGUGCCUGGCGCCGUGGCGACGCAGAGGCAGCGGGACGAGGUUAUGACGGAGGGGUACCGGGCGGAGGUUAUGGCGGCGCAGAGCUUGAAGAGGGAUAUUUUGCCCGAGGAGGUGGCAAGGUUGAUUUUGUUUUUGGCGGCGGAUGAUUCGAGUGCGAUUACCGGGAGUAGUUAUGUUGUUGAUGGGGGAUGGGUUAGUGAUAUAUAGGGGUUGGUAGUGACACAGCUAUGUAGGUAGGUAGUAAGGCAAUCUCAUAUAUGGGAUGGAUGUUUUCAGAUAACAACAAUACAUUUAAGAAGUGUUGAGAAAGCAAUCUAUGUACAAAGA